AUGGAGUCUUCAAACACAACAACCAUUCCCUCUUUGGAAGACUGUGGCAUCAGUGAGAGAGUCAAAGACACGGUUAUUCCAAUUCUUUAUCUCCUGCUCUUUCCUUUUGCCCUUUUGCUCAAUGUUUUAGUGGCCUGGAUUUCAAUCCAUCUGAAUUCCAAAUCCACCUUCAUGAUUUACCUGAAAAACCUGGUCGCUGCUGACCUCCUAAUGACUCUAACGUUCCCCAUAAAGGCCGUUACUGAAAUGCGGGGUGCUUCGCUGGAACUCAAGAUGUUAUUCUGUCGGUUUUCCCAGGUGUUUUUCUACUCAGGCCUGAAUGUUAGUGUCACCCUAAUGGGACUCAUUAGUUUGGACCGAUUCUUCAAAAUUGUGACACCUGGUAGGACCGCCUUGGCUCAGAAUUUGGUUUUCGGCAGAGCAGUGUCGGCCUUCAUAUGGAUCAUGAUUCUGUGCAGCAAUACCUUACCAACAAUGAUCCUGACCAACCAAGACCCGGCCAAUAAAACUGGAGAACUGUGCAUCCGCAUGAAGAGCGAUUCUGGACUGAAAUUACACGAAGGGGUCAUUAUUUUCAGCAAAGUUCUCUUCUGGGCAGUGUGUGCCGUGGUUGUAUUCUGUUACUUUUGUAUUACAAAAAGGGUUCUGGAGUCCUACAAAAACUCAAAGAGCAACAAUGAGAGGGGGAAACGUGAGGUCAAGUUCCGGGUAUUUGUGAUCUUGUUGGUGUUCCUGGUGUGUUAUGUUCCUUAUCACAGUGUACGAAUUCCUUACACAAAGCUACAGGUCGAGAAAAACGUGACAUGUUUACAAGUAUCACUAGAAGUUGCAAAACAUUUGACCUUGUUCCUUGCUUGUACUAACGUCUGCCUAGACCCACUGAUCUAUUUUUUCCUCUGUCGGCCGUUCAGAAAGAGGUUCUAUGAGAUUACUGGGCUUCAGAAGCCCCCGGAUUCAGAGUCAAAACAAAGUGAGGAUGAUAAUCAAGCCUCAGAAAAUUAA